UGUACAUGUUAACGUUGUUUUGUUGAAGCCUGUCGUCCUUGCUUUAAGCCCGUGGUCCCACCUACAACCUUCGUCACAGUCGCUUACUCUUCACUUACCCUUGACGUCGUGCAACCAACACUGUGUCUGACUGUUUACAGGUGCGCCAGAUUCAAAGCUCAUGGAAGUGGAGCAAGCUCUCGGUGAAGUCGUGGACAGGGCGAUCAUUUUGCGCAUCUCGACCAAACGACUCAGCGACCCGCAACAAGCCUCCGAGGCCGAGAGAAACCUGUCGGCGCUGAUGACAUCAUGGUCCGAACACGGUCACGUCGCCAUGGAGACGCUGGAAGAGUUCGCGCCACUGACGGAGGUCAACAACAACCUUUGGACGGUGGAGACGGAACUUCGCCGGCACGAGUCCCGCCGAGACUUCGGAGAACGCUUCGUGGCCCUGGCGAGGUCGGUGUACCGACUGAACGACCGACGAGCCGCCCUGAAACGCGCGAUCAGUCUGCGGCUCGGCUCCAGACUGAUCGAGGAAAAGUCGUACGAAGAGAACACUUACAGCCGAAGCGACAGAAUCGAAAAGGGGAAUUCUGAUACUAUUAAGUCUAUCAAGGACAUUACAUCGGAAGUAACAAAAUGCACCCAUGUUUAAAAACAAAACAACAACAAUAAGACAAGCCAUAUCUAGUUGCUUGAGCAUUUCUUUUUGGCAUAUCUUAUCAUCUGGAUGUCUAACAGUCGUCGACGCAACAAGACAAGCAUGUUAACUAGUUCUAAUGGUGACGGCAAGCAGCAGUAGACCCACAAUCGAUUUAAGGUCUGUCCGUUGUUCAAGAAACGCUUACACCUAUGAAUGAUACUGUUGCGUUUUGUGAGCAUUUUAAACUGUUUGAAGACUUUGAACUUGUCCCAGUCUAUAAUACAUUGACCGACAGAUGGUUUAUAAUCUAGGCUUUAGAUUUGUAGGAAGAAAAGGGACCGCAAAACUCAUCUCACGCAAACUUUAUGUGAGGGGAGAGAGAGGACCAUCCAACUCAGGUGUACGUUAGGGGUUGGGAGAGGGGCAGUCCAUUUCACGUCAGGUAGAGGAAGUGGGAGAGGAACGGUUCAUUUAAUACACCAGGUGUACAUAUGUACAGGGCGUGGUAAUGUCAUAUUGAAAAAAUGUCAUUGUAUUUGGUAAUAUUGCGUCGGUUUUACAUGGAAAAAAAUUUUGUCAGCCUGUAUCAUAUCAUACGUUGGACAGUCUACAUUCUCAAUGCCACAACGUCUUGUAUGUGAACAUUGUAGCCCCUCAGCGCCCCCUAUCGGGUGCAAGUGAAACUCCAGCCUACGCAUCCAAACAUAUGAAACUGUCGUUGUCAAAAACAGUUUGUUUUCGGUACUGUUUCCCACUUGGAAGCUAGCAUUGAUGAAAUUCUGUCUGGCGUGUUUAGUAAUGGUAAUAUUUGUUAACUUCAGCCGGACCAACAGAAGACAUAUCGAAGACAAAUAUAUUGUGUAUCUUCGUAUGGAGUAUUUGAUGUAUUU